AUGUUCUCCAAGUUCACGUCCAUCCUGCAGCACGCCGUGGAGGCGCUGGCACCAUCGCUUCCUUUACAAGAAGAUUUCGUUUAUCACUGGAAGGCAAUCACCCAUUACUACAUCGAGACUUCGGAUGACAAAGCCCCAGUGACAGAUACAAAUAUUCCCUCUCAUCUGGAACAGAUGUUAGAUAUAUUGGUACAAGAAGAAAAGGAACGAGAAUCUGGAGAGACGGGGCCAUGUAUGGAAUACUUGCUUCAUCACAAGAUCCUGGAAACGUUAUAUACCUUAGGGAAAGCUGAUUGUCCUCCAGGAAUGAAACAGCAGGUGCUGGGCUUCUACACCAAACUCCUGGGCAGAAUCAAGCAGCCUCUGCUUCCGCACAUCAACGUGCACAGGCCCGUGCAGAAAUUAAUUCGACUCUGUGGUGAAGUCCUUGCAACACCAACGGAAAAUGAAGAAAUUCAGUUUCUCUGUAUUGUGUGUGCAAAGCUGAAGGAAGAUCCCUAUUUGGUUAAUUUUUUUCUGGAGAAUAAGUCCAAAUCAUUGGCUUCCAAAGGAGCAGCCAGUGUCGCUGCUCAAGACACGUUGAAAGGCCCAGAUUCCUUGUCCACAGACACGGGACAGCCCUGCCGGCCGGAGGAGCGGCCUGGCGCCGGGCCGGAGCACACAGAGUUGGACGAGGAGCCCCCUCUGCAGACGGACGACCUGUCCACCAGCCUGGACAACCUCAGCGUGGCUUCCCUGCCGGAGGCCACAGUCGUCCGCCCCUACCAGGAUUACAACCUCGUGAAUUCUUUGUUAAAUCUUACCAGAAGCCCUGACGGCCGGAUAGCCGUGAAGGCCUGCGAGGGCCUCAUGUUGUUAGCGAGUUUGCCGGAGCCCAAGGCCGCCAAGUGCCUCACGCAGAGCACCUGCCUGUGCGAACUGCUGACCGACAGAUUGGCCGCCCUGUACAAGGCCCUGCCUCCGACGGUGGACCCCUUAGACAUUGAAACCGUGGAAGCCAUCAACUGGGGCUUGGACUCGUAUAGUCAUAAAGAAGAUGCGUCAGCAUUUCCGGGAAAACGAGCCUUAAUUUCAUUUCUUUCCUGGUUUGAUUAUUGUGAUCAACUCAUAAAGGAAGCACAAAAGACUACUGCUGUUGCUCUUGCCAAAGCCAUUCACGAGAGAUUUUUUAUCGGUGUUAUGGAACCUCAGUUAAUGCAAACUUCCGAGAUGGGUAUCCUGACAUCGACUGCUUUGCUUCAUCGCAUUGUUCGGCAAGUCACCUCCAACGUAUUGCUUCAAGAAAUGGUGUUUUUUAUCCUUGGGGAACAGAGGGAGCCAGAAACUCUGGCAGAAAUGAACAGGCAUCCUUUAAGACACAGGUUAAUUGAACAUUGUGAUCACAUAUCUGAUGAGAUAAGCAUAAUGACACUAAGGAUGUUUGAACAUCUUUUACAAAAACCCAAUGAGCACAUUCUUUACAACUUGGUCCUAAGAAAUCUUGAAGAAAGAAAUUAUACAGAAUAUAAACCCGUGUGUCCAGAAGAUAAAGAUGUAGUAGAGAACGGACAGAUAGCAGGAGCAGUAGAUCUGGAAGAAGAUCCAUUAUUUACUGACAUUUCACCAGAUAACACUUUGUCAAACCAAGAGUGGCUUAGUUCUUCGCCUCCUGCUACUCCAGACCACCCCAAAAAUGAUGGGAAGACUGAAGUCCAUAAAAUUGUGAAUAGUUUUCUCUGUCUGGUGCCGGAUGAAGCAAAGUCAUCCUAUCAUGUUGAGGGCACUGGCUAUGACACCUACCUCCGAGACGCUCAUAGGCAGUUCCGGGACUACUGUGCUAUCUGCUUACGAUGGGAGUGGCCCGGGUCUCCAAAAGCCUUGGAAAAGUGCAAUUUGGAAGCCACUUUCUUUGAAGGCCAUUUUUUGAAAGUUUUAUUUGACAGAAUGGGAAGAAUUCUUGAUCAGCCAUACGAUGUAAACUUACAAGUGACCUCGGUGUUGUCUAGACUGUCUCUCUUCCCUCACCCGCACAUACACGAAUACCUUUUGGAUCCCUAUGUGAACCUUGCUUCCGGCUGCCGAUCUCUGUUCUCGGUCAUUGUCAGGGUUGUUGGAGACCUUAUGGUUAGAAUCCAGCGUAUUCAAGACUUCACUCCCAAGCUGCUACUAGUCCGAAAGCGAUUGCUUGGUUUGGAACCGGAAGGCCCUAUGGUGGACCAUAUCACCUUGCUGGAGGGCGUGAUCGUGCUGGAAGAGUUUUGCAAGGAGCUGGCAGCCAUCGCCUUUGUGAAGUACCACGCUUCCUCCACCCCGUAG